AUGGAGGCUUCAUCACCAUUGGCGGCUAUGCACCGUCCCAUGGCAGUUCCUUCUUGGGGAAAUAAGGAUCUUUUCCGCCCUCGCCCCAACACCUUCGCUGGUGCCGUACCCAUCAGUCUGCGCGAACACCUUCACAGGCCCGACAACUACUUCAAUGUCAAGGACAUUCACGGUUCCUCGCCCGCUGCUAGUUUGGCCGCCGACCUCUCACAAAACUUCCGUCUGGAUACCGAGGCGAGUCCCAAGUUCCCCACACCUCGUCGUGCCUUGUUCACGUCAAACAUGAUGGGUGACGCGGAUUCCUACGAAUACGUGACUACGCCUCCUCUGCCCGAAUCGUCACCUGCCCACGAUUUGAUGGAUGUCUCGCCGUUGCCGCACAAGCUCCCGUUCAUGACCCAGAUCGCGAUAACGUCACCGACCCCGGGAUCAACCCCAACCGGCGAGGACGACGAGAUGAUGUUGGAUUCGCCAGCCCCCAUUCCUCGGCAGGCGUCGUUGGAGCCACCCAAGCCACUGGUAGCCGAACGGAGAAAGCCAGCUUUGCGCCGGCCCUCCUUGACUCGGAUGAAAGGCUACUCGACUAGUGGCGUUCCCGGCCGUUCCAACACAGACACCCAACUCCCCACUUUCCGAUUUGGUGAGAAUCGCUUGACGCAUAUGAACAGCGCAAUGUCCCUGGGAGAAUGCUUCGAUGCUACAUCACCUCCUCAAGAACGACGACCUCAGACUGCGAAUAGCCCUACUCCUGCCGUGCCUGGUGCCGUUCGUCCUCGUCCUCAAUUCUCCAGCCUCUCCGGUAACCGCAACAGCCCUUUUGGCAACGGUCACAGCCGUCGCCCUUCAAAUCCCUUUAUGCGUCCCCGCAAGCAGUUCCGUCGCUCUUUGAGCAUGUUUGAGCACCCUGGCGAUGUUGCCAAGGCAAAGUCAGAAGGCGGCGACUCCUCGCCCACCACCCCAGAGUCUGUUACCAGCAUGGAUGCCGAUGAUGUCCAGGAGCCCAUCUUGCCUCACUUCCUCGCCGAUGACCCCACGGACACCAUUCCCCGGAUAACAAAGGCCACCAUGAUUGAUCUCUUGGACGGAAAGUACAGUGACAAGUUCGACCAGAAGAUGAUCAUUGACUGCCGCUUCGAGUACGAGUACGACGGAGGACACAUUGACGGAGCUGUCAACUACAACAGCAAGGACCUCCUCGCCUCCCAGCUGAUCCAACACCCCAUGCAAGGAAGAACAAUCCUCAUCUUCCACUGCGAAUACUCGGCGCACCGCGCCCCCAUGAUGGCUCGCCAUAUCCGCUCCGAGGACAGGACUGUCAACGCCGAGCACUACCCGCGACUCACAUACCCUGACGUGUAUAUUCUUGAAGGAGGAUACAGCGGCUUCUACGCCGAGCACCCUUGCCGUUGCUAUCCCCAAAACUACGUGGAAAUGUCGGAUGAGGCUCACCAGCGCACCUGCGAACGCGAACUUGGCCGCCUCAAGAACCCUCGCAAGGGCUUCGGCAGAGCGCAAACGUUCGCCUUUGGCUCGCGCGACUCUUGCGUCGACCAAUCACCCACAGCUCCAGCGCGCCCCAGUGGCCUCAGACCCAGCAUCAGCUUCCGCCAAGAUCCCAUCGCCAUGAUUGGCAACUCUCCAAUCCUCGGCGAGCGAUGCCAUGCACGACGCAUGGCUGGAGGGGGCGAACCACAGCAGCCUGAUUGUCGAUGUUUUUCGCGUCUCUUCCUGCACAUGUUCAACGAACCCCUAUUCGAUUCGACUGCCUAUAUUUCCACCCUUACCAAUCCGGACUACACAGCAGCUAACGCAACGCUCACGGCCGCGAUGACCUCAAUUCAACCCGGCAUUAGACGCAUUUGGCAUAUUUGUCCCCGCAUCGCCUUGAUAUGGUUGUACGGAGUCCACUUUGGAUCUGGCAUCUUGGGGUGGCUCCCUGUCGGCAUUUUACAGCAUUGUCCUUGGAGGAUGGUCCUCAACCAAACACACAUAUAUCAACAAACAAACGACAACAACAACAACACCACCACCGCUUGUCUGUCUCCACAGAUUUCAGACGCGGGAGCAUUUCAGUAUGACGUCUCGGUCUGUCUGCUCUUCUGUCGGAAUCUCCACAUAUUUUCGGAGUAUUAUUUCUCGGACCAUCCCUCCAUCGGCGGACCCUUUUUCCUUUGUGCUCAACUCGGUCCAUUGACCAUCUUCACCUGA